UUUCACUUUCCGGAGAGCGUGAUUCAUCCGCCUGCUUUCCGUUUGAGCCAAACGGGCAACUGGUGAAACCUCAUAGUUUCUUUCGCAGCUGCGGUAGAAAACGUUUAGAGACAUCCUCGUUACCUUUUCUCUCUUUACUUAAUACGUAACACUUGUGAGAACAAACUUUGUCGGUUAGUUUUUGGACUCAAACGAACCCGCUACUGUGCUGCUCGUUGAGUUUUUGGGAUGGCUGACACUAGUGGGACCAGCCCUGCGGCCAACUGCCUGGAGAAGCUCAAAAGUUACGUGAAGACCCCCAAAGGUUUCAUCCUCUUUGCAGAAAUCUUAAUCAGCUUCAUAAUCAUCAUCUGCUAUGCCGCAUCUCAUUACGGAGGCUACUCCGCCGUCGCCAUCGUUGAAAUGGUCAUCACCAUAAUCUUCUUUGUCGUCUUCAUGAUGGAGUUGGACAAACAGUUCCUAGUGGUGAACUGGGUCUGGAGUGAUUUCUUCCGGGCCACUAUCGCCGCCGCCCUUUACAUUAUCACUUCCCUCAUCUGCGUCAUCGGAGGAGCCGGAGACGGAGCGCGCAUCGCAGGCGGGGUGUUUGGUUUGAUCGCCGGCUUGCUAUUUGGGUACGACGCUUACACCAUCUACUUACAGCUCAAGAGUGCCAGACAGCACACAGCGGCUGCCACUGACGACCACGCGUAAGAUCUUCAUCCUCAAACAUGAUUUAAAAAGAAGAGGGGAGCAAGAAGGACAGAGGAGUAAUGAGAUCAAGUCAUUGGUGAUAGCCAGAUCCAACAGUGUAUUUUAGGGGCUUGCUUGUAAGAUUGGUGGCAAAUAAGGAAUUCCCCUCCCAGGGGUUUGUUCCAGCGCGGAUGGAUGGACCACUAAAAGGGAAAUUUAUGCAAAUUUGGUUCUCAAAUAAAUUGUCUUUAGUUCAUAGACCGUUGUAGUAAAGGGAUCUGUGAGUAUUAGACUUUAGAAAGUAACUGACUCAGUUGGGUGCUUUAGGAAAUAUUAAACAAAUAAUAACAGUAAUAAUAUUUUCUGCAGCUUGUUUUAUGUGUUUUUUUAUUGCUGUUUUGUCAACUUGUUAAUUAUUUCAUUCUCUAUUAUUUAAUGAUUGACACUCAGUUCUGUUGCUGUGCUUUCAUAAUCAUGUCGGUUAUUCUUUUUAUUUCUUAAAGUCUAAACCAUUUGAAGUGAUCAGCUGUUAUUUAUCAACAUAUUUUAUCUGGUUUUGUACGAGUUCUGGUCGUUUCUUUAAAAAAAAGAAAACAAAUUUGCAUAGCAAUUGGCAACAGGCGUAAAACCAUAUUAGAUGGCAUCAUCAACUUAUAUUUUUUGUGAUUGCUCAUGUUGUAACUUUCAUGCACAUCUUUAGACACAAAACUUUUUUUUAUUUGAACAUUUCCUCCUCAUAGAUUACACUGCCAACAACUGAAGUGAGGAAGUACUUUUUUUUUACAUUUACUUUAAAAAAUAAUUUUAUACAGAAAAGUAUUACGACAGGUGCAAAAGGGCUUGUUCAUUUUUCUUUUUUGUCAACUCGUAUAUAAUAAUGAAGUGAGUCUGCCUUUCUGUCUUUAUGUUUUGCUAAAGUGUGUUACAUUGGUUUACAACAUGUCCAUCCUUGCUUGGAGGAAUAAAGCCAUUUGUUGCUACAAGGA